UUUAGGGAACGGACGAGAAGCGUUUGGUGCAGAAGUUUUGCGUGAUACGGUGGGUCAUUUUCUACCAGAAGAAGCCCUUGCCUUUUUUACUGGCUCAACUCACACUUUCUCAACCCACUAUGGUUCUGGAAGCAAAACCCAAUGUUGUCCACCACCCAUACUGGCCUCGGAAUUUGGAACUCCAAAAUUACAUCCCAAAUGACCGACCCACAUGGCAGCUCUUGACAUUCAUAUUUUCUACUUCAGGAAUUCUCUUGCUAUUGACUUGGUUUGUAGCAGGUUGGCGAAGCAAGACAUGGGGCCCUUUUGGAACUUGGCGCACCUUGAUCAUUUGCUGGUUUACCAUCUGUGCUUUUAUUCAUGGUGUCAUCGAAGGCUGGUUUAGCCUUUACCAUAUGGAAAUCCCAGGGGAUCAAUCCUUUCUCUCUUUUUGUAUCUGCAGGUCAAGUAGUUUCAUAGUUUGCAUGGAAACCAUCACUGCCUGUUUUUUGACUCCCCUCAGUCUUUGGACUGCAGUCGCAUUUCUUUCACGCCAGUCCCAUCGAUACGUGUUGCAGCUAGUGGUGUCACUAGGUCAACUAUAUGGUGACGUUCUGUACUUCUACACUGAAUACCGUGAUGGCUUUCACCAUAGUGAGAAGUGGCACCCUACCUACUUCUGGUUUUACUUUGUCUUUCUGAAUGGUCUGUGGAUUAUCAUUCCCUCUAUUCUCAUCUGGGAUGCCUGGAAGCACCUCAGUGGUUGCCAGAGAGUAAUGGAUGCCAACAAGGUCAAGAAACAUUGAUGUUUUGCACAGGAGGUCAUAUUGGAUGGUACUUCUAGCCAUUCAGAGGUUGAUCUUGUAUUCCUCCUGUUCCUCUGCACUUGUUUAGAUAUUUUCUGUGAUUUCUCUCUGUUUGAUGGUGGUUAUUCUCUUCUUUAAAUAUUCAUAGCUCUUAAACUAUGAGCUUAAAAUUAAGACUGCAGUUUUAUCUUCAUGAAGGGUUUUUUUUAAAUCGGGAGAUUUUAUUUCUAAAUAAAUGUUAUUAGGAUCAAGUGACUCAGCUAAUACUAGUCAGUAUUGAACUGAGCCCUGCUGUAGACUAUAUUGCUUUGUUUCUCUUGAUACCUGCAGCUAUGAUCACAUAAGCCUGCAAGGAGGGCCCCACAUCUAGCAUUCAUAACAUUGAAGUAGAGAGACACUGUGGGAAUCAUUCAGUCUUAUUCUCAGAUCAAGUAGAAGGUAGCGUUAGAAGGGCUGGCAACUUGCUUCUGUCCACAAAAAGUGAUUCAGCUACUUGCCUUGAAGAUUCUUUUUGUUCCCAUGUAGAAUUAGUCAGUGAAUGGCUUAAACUGGGAAAUAGUAUCUGACAGCUGUCGCUCAAGAAUUAUAAAUACUUCGAGGUAGAGCAAAGAGGAAGCUAUUAGAUGUCCAUACCUGAACUAUGCAGAAUAGUAAAUACUUUGAUAUCACCACU